AUGGCGACGCGUCUGAUCCAUCGCAAGCGCUGGGCGCUACCCAAACAGGAUAGCAGUAUUGCCCCACCACACGUGUGGAGUAAUGCUGAUCAAGAUCCAGUUCCACCGGAGAAAUGGACUUGGACAGGCUGGACCUUCACGCAGUACUGGCUGUCUGACUUGGUGACUGUUUCAACUUGGUCCGCUGCCAGUUCGGCCUACCAGUCUGGGCUUUCGGCCACGGACACGGUGCUGUUGACACUGGUCGCGGCGCUGUGUAACGCAAUACCAACGGUCCUCAAUGGUGCUGUAGGCGCCGACCUUCACAUUCCAUUUCCCGUCGCUAUUCGGGCUAGCUAUGGCACGUACUUCGGGUACUUCUGUGUGGCAUCGCGUGCUGUGCUAGCGAUGUUUUGGUUCGGCAUCCAGAGCUCGUAUGGAGGCCAGUGUGUAACUCCAGGAAUGAUUUCCUAUGUGAUCUACCAUGUCGUUCAAACGCCAUUCCUCUUCAUACCAACCCAUAAGUUGCACUAUAUGUUUAUUUUCAAGUCCACUCUGGUACCACCCAUGGCGCUUGCUAUGGUAAUUUGGAUAUCAGUCAAGGCUGGAGGGGGAAGUGCUAUGUUCCAUGAGCCAUCCACUGUUCACGGCACCGAUCGAGCAUGGCUAUGGCUGAUGAAUAUGACCUCAAUCACCGGUGGCUUUUCAACACUCGCGGUGAAUAUUUCCGACUUCUCGCGCUUUAGCAAGAAGCCAGGCAGUCCAGUGUGGCAACUGCCCAUGAUUCCCCUCUUUAAGGUUAUCACUGGUCUUUUUGGCAUCAUUGCUGCCGGCGCAUCUAAGCAGGUUUAUGGGACUAUUUUAUGGAGCCCAUUGCAGAUAAUUGACCAGUGGCAAGGCUCCUCCGGUGGGCGAGCCGCAGCCUUUUUUUGUUCAUCGUUGUGGUUAUUGGCACAAAUCUGCAAUAAUAUCUCAGCUAAUUCAAUCUCUUUCGCAAACGAUAUGACGACCAUGUGCCCGAAAUGGUUCAACAUUAAACGUGGAAUGAUCAUGUGCAUGGUUCUGGGUGGGUGGGCGCUCUGUCCCUGGAUUAUUAUUAAGAGCGGCAAAACCUUCCUCAGUUUCAUGGGCGCAUAUUCCAUAUUCAUGGCACCAAUUGCAGGCAUUCUUUGUUGCGAUUACUGGCUCAUUAAGCGACGGAAAUACGACGUCCCUGCUCUAUAUGAUCCACGAGGGAUAUACUACUACAAGCUCGGCAUAAAUUGGCGCGCUCUAUUGUGCAAUCUGGUGGUGAUUCUUCCCCUUCUCCCGGGCUUGGCGCACUCGGUGACACCAAACAAUGUCAACAUCGACACCGGUCUGCGACAUCUCUAUGCUAUCAAUUAUCUCUAUGGUUUCUGUGUUUCUUUCACGUUUUACUUUUCCUUGAAUUAUUUCUGGCCCGACCAAGCCACACUGAUCCCAGCAGUGGUUCCGGGGGUGGUUUGCCAUUCCAAUUCUGUCGAUUCAGAUUUGGAGGCAGAAGUGAGUGUGCAAGACAAGGUGGCGUAA